AUGCUCCGCCCCACUACCCGUGAAGAGGUCCUGGCAAGGCUUCGCAAAACGGUUGCUGAUGGCUCAAUUAUUGUCGGGGCGGGUGCUGGCAUCGGUCUUUCUGCGAAGGCCGUCGAGAAUGGUGGCUGCGAUCUAAUCCUGGUUUACAAUUCGGGUCGCUUCCGCAUGGCUGGCCGCGGAUCGUUAGCUGGAUUGAUGCCAUACUCGGAUGCCAACCAGGUGGUUGUCGAGAUGGCUAGCGAGGUUCUCCCUGUCGUCAAAGAAACCCCCGUGCUCGCUGGCGUCUGUGGAACCGAUCCCUUCCGGGAUAUGUCAUCCUUUCUCAUCGAGUUGAAGAAGCUCGGCUUCGUCGGGGUACAAAACUUCCCGACCGUCGGGUUAAUCGAUGGUCAAUUCCGCCAGAACCUGGAAGACACGGAGAUGGGGUAUGAUCGCGAGGUCAAGAUGAUCAAGAUUGCCCAUGAGCAAGGACUCGUAACCACUCCAUACGUUUUCAGCCCCAAAGAUGCAAUUGAAAUGGCCAACGCCGGCGCAGAUAUCGUUGUCGCCCAUGCGGGCUUAACCACGUCUGGUUUAAUCGGAGCGAAGACUGGACGGUCGCUAGAGGACUGCGUUGGAUUUGUACAGGAGAUCCGCGAUGCGGCACAUGCUGUUAACCCGGAUAUUCUGGUGCUCUGUCACGGCGGGCCAAUCGCACGCCCUUCGGACGCGGAGUACGUUUUAUCACGAACUAAAGGGGUGCAUGGAUUCUUCGGGGCCAGCAGUAUGGAGCGUCUGCCGGUAGAGAUUGCUAUUAAGGAGAAUGCGGAGGAAUUUAAGCGGCUGAAGGUGCGAUUGGAGUAA